AUGAGCAUGUCACACUCCGAAGAAGCCUCAGCCGCCUCCUUCCACUGCUUUCACCGGCUCCCGAAAGAGAUCCGCAGGGCGAUAUGGCGGCAGUGUCUUCCGCGCCGCGUUCUCGAAUUUGACGUGCCACGGCCCGAUAUUACCUGCCAAGAUCUGCCCGAGGAGCUCCAGGGAACAGUCAGCUGCGAGCUCUCGUCCACAACAGCCCUCAACUCCGGGCCUCCCCUAAUCACGCAAGUAUGCUUUGAGGCGCAUGAGGUGGCAUUCGAGACAGGCCGUCUAGCCAACUUUCGCGAUCUCUGGGAUGGCUACAACGUCAAUGUCUGGGGUAUGGGUACUCCCAUGCGCCGCUCCUGGUUCGACCCCGCGCGCGAUGCCAUUCAUCUGCACUGGGAAUCUCUGUACGAUGCUGAGUGGACAAUAUGCGAAAACCCUAUUCCAGUCGUCUUAUCCCUCGGCGCCGAGGCGGCACGGGGCGCCUCGUUCACGUGGGACAGCGCCACCUCUUCGGACGACUCGAUGCAGCUGCUCAAGCAAGCGGGACAGUCGUAUAUGCUCUGUGUGUACCGGCCCGUCAGCAUCCACGCGUGCCGCAAGGACGCGGUGCGGUCAGGGCUCUUUGGCCUCCUUGGUGAGGAGCGCGUAGUGUUGGUGGAUGUCGGCGACGACGCGCGGAUCCGGCUCUUCGACGACUUCAAUCGGUUACAUGGGUCUAGCAAGGACGCCCAGACGGCUGGGUUCUUUCAGAGUUGGCGCAACUCCGGCGCAGAAUUCCACAAAGAAAACGUUGAAUUCUACCAAAAGGACUGGCUCAUGCAUAAAUCAGUACAUGCGACCCCAAGCUGGGAGGAGGACUUGAAUGCAGUCUGGACCUUUAUUCGCAGCACAACUCCAGGGGGCCUAUCUACCUGGGUACCUCACUGGGAUCACGAGUGGAUGAAAAAGACGUUGCAGGAUUUGCCAGAGUUUCGACCUGUAUAUAUGAUGAGAUUAUGUAUUGAAGGAUGCACUUCAGACUGCAUCCCAGCUGCCAUUGCUACAAUGUUUUCGAACAUCGGCCAGGCUACUGGUUCUGCCUCGGUGGCGAUGAUGCCCUUGAUUGCAAUUGGCCUUCUUUUUGCAUACUUGUUAUCGUAUUGCGUCUACCAACUCAUCUUCAGCCCCUUGCGCAAGUUCCCAGGUCCCAAGCUAUGGGCGAUUUCAUACAUCCCCUACGCUCGCCUCUACACCUCCGGGAAUGGUCAUCGUGAGAUAUUGAGACUUCACCAAAAGUACGGCCCGAUCGUCCGCGUUGGUCCGACGCACCUUUCCAUCAACCACCCAGACGGCAUGCAAGAUAUCCGCGGUCAUCGGAAGACGGGCGAGAACCCCAAGGACACUAUUCAUGCCCUUCCUAACCGAGACAACAUCAUCGGCGCCGACCGCGAAGACCAUCAACGUUUCCGUCGCGUACUAGCCCACGGAUUUUCUGCGCAGUCUAUGUUGGCACAGCAGCCUGUCAUCAAGCAAUAUGUCGACCAGCUCUUCAGAAAGUUGCAUGAGGCUUCUGAAGGCGGCACGAGGCCUGUCGAUGUUGAAAGGUGGUUCAACUUCACGACAUUUGAUGUCAUUGGCGACUUGUCGUUCGGCGAACCUUUCGGGUGUUUGGAGGAUGGUACAUAUCAUCCUUGGGUUGACAUCAUUUUCAAGAGCGUCAAGAAUAUGGCAUUCUUGAGUGCCAGCAGACGGCUUUCAUGGAUUGGGCCAUUGCUCAUGAUGACUGUUCCUCGCAGCUUGGGUACCAAGCUUGCUGAGAACAGGGAGUUGUCUCGACAGAAAGUACGGAAGAGGUUAGACCUCGGGGCCAGCCGUCCAGACUUCAUGGACGCUAUGAUUAGGAAAUCGGAAUCUGCUGGUUCGACGAUAUCUUUUGAAGAGCUCACAUCCAACGCUUUUGUACUCAUUGUCGCGGGCUCGGAAACAACGGCCACGUUGCUGUCUGCGGCGACUUUCUUCCUGGCCACUAACCCUGCGUCCUUGUCGAAGCUCAACGACGAGAUUAGGUCAACGUUCCAGAGUGAAGAUCAGAUCGACAUGCUCAGUGUCCAGAACCUCAAAUAUCUAGCAGCUGUCUUGGACGAAAGUAUGCGGUGUUACCCCCCCGCACCCAGCGGUAGCCCGCGUAUGAUUGGCAAGGGAGGCGAUAAAAUCAUUGGCGAAUUCAUACCAGAAGGGACCACCGUGGAUGUGUGGCAAUGGUCUGUGUACCACAACCCUGACCAUUUUGCGAUGGCUGAAGAGUUCAUCCCCGAACGUUGGCUGGAUGACCCGAGGUUUGCUGGCGAUGCCAAAAGAGCCCUUCAGCCCUUCUCAAUCGGGCCCCGAAAUUGCAUUGGAAAGAAUUUGGCCAACGCAGAGAUGCGACUCAUCCUCGCCAGGUUAAUCUGGAACUUUGAAAUACGAGCCACGGAAAAUUUGCAGAAAUGGACUGCGCUCAUGGUGCCACUAAAGCUUGGCCUCUUCUCAGGAGACACCAAAUCAACGUAUUUCACGAUUCGCAAGCAACAUCCGCCUCCAAACAUAAUCCCCGCCUCAUGGAAUUAA